UUGUCAUUUAUGUAUUUGAUCGUGAUUCUGAUAGUCUCCUGAAUUUGGUUUAUUUCGGUAGCUCUUUUGUGAAUCGAUUCUUCUUGAACGCAUUCAAAAGUGUGGUGGCGAUGACUUGUGCGAGGGGUAAUGUUCCUGAGACUGUGAUUGCCUUCAUUGUCGAUCGAUAUCUAUCUCGCAACCAAUUCUCCCAAACGCAGGCCACCUUUCGCAACGAAGCUUCGAUACUCCUCGCCGAUUCACCAGCAAACGAGAAUUUGUUGACUUUGGAGGGGAUAGUGGAUCAGUAUAUAUAUAUGAAGAAACAGAACAAUCUGCUGGAUAAAGAGAAUGUCAUGUUGAUGCAAGAGAAACACAGAAUCCAAAUGUUGUUGCAAGAUUUGCAGAAUGUUGUUGACAGUUUCAAUGCAAGAUCAUCACCCUUGUCCAAUGCCGCAGCCAUGAUUCAAAAUUCUGCGGUUCUGCCUCCAAUGCAAAAUUCUAAUAGAUAUCAUCCAGGAAUUCUAAUGCAAAAUUCUAAAAGAAAUAUUCCAGGUAAUCCCUUUUUCUAG